AUGAUUGCGGUGGAGACCUCCCUCACUGCAGAGGAUCUUCCGAACUCAUUGGAAGACCUUCGACUGGCGAUUGAGCUGGGUGUCCCACACGGUCGCACCCACGGCGGUUAUAGCGGCGCAGACGCCGGCAGCUGGCGCAAUAGUGUGCCGACGAAUGUGCAGCAGGUGUGGAAGAGGCACCUCGCUGAUGACUUCAAGGAGCUGUGCCGCCGACACGCACAAGUGGAGAACACAAAUAACCUCAACCACCUCGGCACACUCGGCACAGGAAACCACUUUAUUGAGCUGUGCCUCGAUGACCAGCUUCCCCGGAAGCACGUGUGGGUGAUGCUACACUCCGGGUCGCGCGGCGUGGGCAACCGCAUUGGGUCCUUGUUCAUUGAACUGGCCAAGAAGGACAUGGAGGCGCGCAUGCUUCACCUCCCUGAUGCCGACCUCGCCUAUCUCGACGAAGGCACGGCGCACUUCAGCGACUACAUCUUUGCGGUGGAGUGGGCGCAGCGGUACGCGUGGUGGAAUCGUCAGUUGAUGCUUGACGCUGUACUGGUAGCCAUGCGAGGGUGCAUCGCCACUCCCUUCACAACAGUUCAAGCAGCCGUGAACUGCCACCACAACUACGUGGAGCGCAUUCGUAUUCCCAUUCGAGAGCAAGGACAAGAGGGCCAUGCGGCCAGCGCUCCAGGCCAGGGGGCGUUCCGCGAGCAAGAUGUGUGGCUUACUCGCAAGGGUGCUACUUCUGCACGUAUGGGUGAGCUCGCCGUGAUUCCGGGGUCCAUGGGGGCCUGCAGCUACAUCGUGCGAGGCAAGGGAAGCGCCGCAAGCUACUGCUCCUGCUCGCACGGUGCUGGGCGCCGCUACAGCCGCGGCGAGGCGCGCCGGCGAUUCACUGUGGCGGACCAUGAGGCUGCUACACUGGGCAUCGAGUGCCGCAAGGACAGCAGCGUGUUGGACGAGACACCUGCUGCUUACAAGAGCAUCGAUGCUGUCAUGGCUGCUCAGGACGACCUUGUAGAGGUGGUCACGGUAUUGCGGCAAGUGCUAUGUGUGAAAGGGUGA